UUGGUACCAGGGAUCCAACUCGGAAUCUUGCGCUUGUGAGGCAGGCAGCGGCACCACUGAGCUAAAUCCCCAGCCCUAACCCUCCUCUUUUGACCAGACCCCAUCUGCUAACAGCAAGUCAGCUAUAAACCCCCAUGAUGCAUUCACCUUCCAAAAGCCCCACCUGAGGCUUAUGGGGGACAUCUAGAUACAAACCAUAACAAUGUCUUUUUUUUUCUUCACACACACACACACACAAACACACACACAAGGUAUUUGUCUUUAUUUACUUAACAAUUUGUUAUUGAAGGUCGGGGAUUUAGCUCACUGGUUCUGCCAAAAACAAAAAAAAACCAAUUUGUUAUUGAGAAUCUAUUGUUUGCCAGCAGUGAGCACUAUAGGAAUAAUUGAUCUUCUGCCCUCAUCUAAUACUCAGUACUCAUUGGCAUAGUUUGUAUUUUGCAUUUUCACUUACUAUAUCAUGUUUUCCUCCUUCCAUUAAAUUUCAUCCUCCAGGGGCUUAACAGUAUUUCAACAUAUAGAUAUUCUUUGAUUUAACUGACUCUUUGUUUCACCUUGAGUUUAUUUUCUAUUUUGUCUAUAAUUAUAUAACAACAGUAUAAAGACUAUUCUGUGUGGUGUGCAGAAUUCUAAGAUGACCUCCAGUGACUUCCCCUUUCAUUCCCUCCCCUGUGAACUCGAGAGGAUAACACACUCAGGUUAUGUUAUGUUACAUACCAGGAGAGUUUGCAGGUGAAAUCAAGGUUAUCAAAAGGGGGAUAAUCUGAACAACCCCAACCUCAUACAAGAGCUCAUUACAGUGGACCCUUGAGUAACGAAUGGCUUGACAUGCAAACAACUUGAGUUAUGACCAGAAUUUUAGUUUUAACUUAGACAACCCAAAUGUUGCCCACUUGUGCUUCCAAGUGGUCUCCCAUGCAGAUUUAACCCUUAAAGAGUUCUGGAAGGACCUUUACAGCAUCCUUUCCUGUAUGGGGUUAACUGAGAAAUCCUGGGCCAGUGUCUCUGAGGACCCUGAGAUCUGACUGUACACAGGAGAGAGACGUUGAAGGCUGUGUACAGAGCCUGACCUUUAAUUGACCAACUUGAGUUACAAGCAGCCCUUGAGAACGAAUUGAAUUUGCAAGUCAAGGGUCCACUGUAAAUGCAGAGGGUUUUCUCCUGCCAGUGGCAAUAGAGGAAGUCGGAUUCAGAGUAUGUAAGAGAUUCCACAGGAGAAGUGUUCUCUGCUGUAAGAUGAAGAGGGCCACAGACAGGGACUUGACGGGAGGCUCUGGGAGCUGAGAGCAGUCUCUGCCAAUAGCCAACGAAAAUGCCAAGGACCUCAUUUCUAUGUCAGCAAGGAACUGAAUUCUCCAAGCAACCUGAAUGAACUUGGAAGCAGAUUCUUUCCUAGAAUGCACAGAUGACAGUCCUGCCUCUGACAUCAGGAUUUUGCUUUUUGAAACCCUAACCAGAGGACCCAGUCGAACCCACCUGGACUUCUAACUCACAGAAGUGUGAGAUAGCAAAUGAUGGUUGUUGCAAGCACUAGUGCACAAUAAUUUGUUACAUAGCAAUAGGAAAUCAACACAUUUCUCAGAAGUUAUUUUUUUGUACCUAAAGUUAUUCUUUUGGCAUGAAAAUCCUAGAUAGUCUUUCUGGAUAAGGCUAUGUAUAUUUUUAAGGUUUUUCUGUCAUGUUAUUAAUUUUCCCUCCCUAAGCUUGGUACCAAUUUAUGUGCCUCCUAACAGCCUAUGUUACUACACCCUGGCAAACACUAGAUACUGCCGUUUUGAUAGGCAGAAACAAAAAGUUACCUCAUUUUAUUUUAUGAGGCAGGAUCUCUCUGUGUAGCUCAGGGUGGCCUCAAAACUGCAGUCCUCCUGCCUCAGCCUCUCCAAUGUUGGGAUUGCAAGCGUGUGCCAUCACGGCUGAAUUGGUAUUUCUUAUUACCGUUAGGAUUGACCAUUUUCUUUAUUUGAAGUUCAACUGGUGAGUCUCAAGUGAAGCAACAGUAGCUUUAUUGUUGACAUUGGGAAAAUAGUCCCUAACUUUCCAUAUAGAGUUUCUCUGAUGUAAAAUGUUCAAAGGGCAGAGUGAUUAAUGAGCUUGAGUGUAUGCAUACUUCUUAGAGAAAAGAGUUACUGCCAUUUCAUUGGAGAAUAUCCAUUUCAUUGAUUAGGCAGUAUUGGUACUUUAUACUUUUCUAGGGAAAAAGUCCAGUUUGUCUUAUUUGGGAUUAAAAUUUGAUUGUUUUAUGACUAUUGUGUUUUACCAUAGAAAAUUAUAACUUUGCUGUUUUUGAAGGAAUAAAUACUGUUGGGGGGGUGCUAAGAUUUUCCUAAAGAUAUCUCUGUUUUCAAUAUGAUCAAAAUAACCUGUAAUCUCUGAUUAUGCAUAGAAGUUCAGUAUUCCUUAUCUGAAAUGCUUGGAACCAGAAGUAUUUCAUAUUCGAGGUUUUUUUCAAAUUUGGAUUAGUUGUGUAGACUUAAAAAACUGAGCAUCCACAAUCCAUUAAGUCCAUUGAAUUUCAGAUUUUUGGAUUAGGAAUGCUCCACCUGUAUUACAAUGUUUUAACCAGGGUGGAGUAAGAGGAAAUUCAAGUUACUUUUUCUAUAAUCUUGUUGUUUGAGAUGGUAAGGUUUAUUUGCAACAAAUGAAAUAAGGUAGAAGGGAUAAGGAGAGAGUUGGGAAUGCCCAUUUUCUCUUAGAGAGUAGUUUUUGGUUGAUUGGUUCAUCUUUUUUUGAAAUCCUGCUUCUUGGUAUCUCAACUGGUGAACAUUGGUAUCUUCCUUUUAAGAGCAAGAUAUUUUUAAAAUUUUUAUUUUGAAAUAAUUGCAGAUUGACAGAAAAUCACAGGAAAAUGUAUAGGGAGAUCCUCUAUAUGAACAAGAUUUUUUCCCUAGUUGCAUGGUCAAAUCUGUUUAUAUAGAAAGGCUAGAACUCCUAAUCCUAUCCUUCCGUAAAGGCCGGACAUUGCUUUUUUGUUGUCUAGAUAGGUACUGGAAAUACUGACUUGACUUGGUUCUGGGAGCAGAUGUAAAACUGUGGUCAGAGAAAGCCCACCCAUGUGAUUCAAGGACCCUACAAUAUAGUGAAAAGAAUGAGGACUUGAUGCUUUAAAAGACUAGAUUCUGUACUGCACUCAACCACAUAAUAGUUUGAUCCCUGAAAUCCAGUUUUAUUUUUCUGAUUAGUUCAUUGACAUACAGGUAGUAAAGCAAUUUGGAAACCAAAGCCCUGGGUUGUUAUUUUUAAGACCUUUUUUUUGCAGCGAUAUUAUUAUUAAUAAUAUUAUUAUUAAGACCUUUUUUCCCAAGCAAAAAGUUUUAAGAAACUCCUUUAGUAGUUGUAAUUCCUAAGAUAAAAAUUACUCUUUUGAGUUGGACAACAAGGGAAGAAGAAUUUCGAUAAAAUGUUUAGUCAGAAAAUUUUGUGCAAAAAUAUAUUGAAAUCAUCUGGAAAACCUGGGCAUACAGCAGGAAAGAUGGGUGCCCAUCCUCUCACACAGUGCUCUGAUUGGCUUCUCGUUAUCUUGGACACGUCAGAUCAGAGCUGAAAGAUUAGGAGCUAUUUGGUCCCUGCGACUGUUCUCUCAGUUGUGUUGGGGACGUAAAAGAGAGAGGCCCGCUUUCACUGUAUGUUUGUUUGUUUGUUUAUUUAUUUAUUUUGGUACCAAGGAUCGAACUCGGGUCCUUGAGCUUGGGAGGCAGGCAGCGGAACCACUCAGCUAAAUCCCCGGCCCUAUGUUUAGAGUGGGAGUCUUGCUUCCAUUUGCAAGGGGAAUUUCAUAAUCCCUGAAUUAUAGAUUCACACAGCUGAAGGAUCUAAGAGAAAAGAUGAGUGAGAUCAUCAUCAUACAUUUGGGGAGCACUUUCUGUACAUGCUAAGUGCUUUACAGUCUCACUAUGAGGUAGGUCCUGUGGUUCCCCCAUUUUACAGGUAAGGGGACUGAAGCUUCAGUGGUUAAGUAGAUGUCCCAAGAUCCCAUAAGUAAUAAAUGACAUCAUUUCUCCAUUCAGAUCAGUCUGGGCCCAAAGGCCCCUAUCCUUCUAUGGUGAGUCCCUUUGUUUGCAUACUUAGGAAGUCAAGGUCCUGUGAGGGUAAGACCCAUGGUCACUCUACUUCCUACUUUUAGUCUAGAAUCUUUUCCUCCAUUAUAUCCUCUUAAUUAUCUGUUUACUCCUGUGCAUUUUCUCAAGUAUUUGUGGCCUGUAUACAUUUUACUAAGGUGUUCAAUUGAUAAGUAAGUUACUGGAUUUUGAAGCUUUUAGGUAGAAGGACAUUUACAUUUUUUAAAAUGGAAUUAUUAAUGGCUUGAUUUUUUUUUUUUUUUAGUGAAGCAUUUUCUACCAGACUCCUAUAAAGAGACGUCUCCCAUGUGCUAUUAAAAGUUGAACCUUGUGACUACUGUCUGACUAUGUUUUUUUCUUUUAGAGAAGUCAGAGGGUGCAGUAUGUGACCUCAUAUAAAAAUAGCCACCAAGGAUCUAUCCAGCAUCAUUUUUAGUUCUUUAAUUUUGAGAGAAAGAAGAUAUACUGGCAAGUUCUAGAAGGAUUCUACCAUUUUCUUCUUUACCCCUGAAGAGGCUUGAAAAUUAAUGGAUAAUAUUUCACAUGAAAUUGUUUGACUGUAUUUUCUUAUCUGUGAGGCCUUCUGCGGAGAAUUAAUAGGAGGUUGAAUGCAUAUGUAGAUAAAAUGGAUCAUCUUAAAGGAUUGCAGUUCCAAAAAUAUAUCAGCAGGACUGGACAGGUUUGAUAUAAUGAGAUUUCUAUUUUAGCUUGACUUCUGGAACUCUGAGUAAACUAUAAACUGAGCCGCACAAGGUCCGAAGAAGAAAGUUUCUCUUCUAAAACAUUCUAGUUGCAUAUAACAUUUUUCUCCUUCAGAUCCUUUUGAACAAAUAUCUUUAUUCAUCAGUUUCCUGAGGAGUAAGACUAUUAGACAUUUGCCAACUUUUAAUAUAUGAAAUGAGAUAGAAAGCAAUACUCUAUAUCAUACAGAAAAACAGGUUUAAAGAAAGAGACAAUUGGCAGCAAGAGGAGAAAUCUCUGCAUCAGCUCUGGUUGAGAUGGCAGAAGCUGCUGGGGUUGCUUCUACUCUACCCAUAACAGUGAAGAAAAAGAAGAGUCUGUCCAUCGAGGAAAAGAUCGACAUCAUAAAUGCAGUAGAAAGUGGCAAGAAAAAAGCAGAAAUUGCAGCUGAAUAUGGAAUAAAGAAAAAUUCAUUGUCUUCUAUUAUGAAAAAUAAAGACAAAGUUCUAGAAGCCUUUGAGUCUCUGAGGUUUGAUCCAAAAAGAAAAAGACUAAGGACUGCUUUUUAUACGGAUCUGGAAGAGGCAUUAAUGCGGUGGUAUCGAAUUGCUCAGUGUCUAAAUGUACCAGUUAAUGGUCCAAUGUUGCGUCUAAAAGCUAAUGAUUUUGCCCAGAAACUGGGACAUAAUGAUUUUAAGUGCAGCAACGGUUGGCUGGAUCGUUUUAAAUCCAGGUAUGGCUUAGUGUUCAGAGCUCAACCUACAGAAGCCUCAGGUAUACCAGUAGAUCCUUCAACUGUCUGGUCUCAAAAUGUGCUUCCUUAUUAUUUAAAUGACUAUCAUCCUAAAAAUGUUUUUAAUGUAAAAGAGACGGCACUGCUUUAUAGAAUGUUACCUACAAAUACAUUUGCAUUUAAAGGAGAAACAUGUUCAAUUGGAAAGUUAUGCAAAGACAGGAUAACUUUGGUUGUUGGUGCAAACAUGGAUGGCUCAGAGAAACUUCCCUUGCUUGUUAUUGGAAAAAUCAGAAAUCCACAUUGUUUCAAAGGUAUAAAAUCACUGCCUGUGUAUUAUGAAGCUAACAGAAUGGCGUGGAUGACCUCAGAUAUAUUUGAACAAUGGAUGCAGAAGCUUGAUGAAAAAUUUCAAGCCCAGCAACGAAGAGUAGUGAUUUUUGUUGAUUCUUUUCCCGCACAUCCAGAGGUCAAGAACCUAAAAUCCAUUGAGUUGGCAUUCUUUCCAUCAUGUUUAUCUUCCAAAUUUAUAGCUAUGAAACAAGGUGUUAUUAAAAGCCUUAAAAUCAAAUAUCGACACUGUCUCAUCAAGAAAUUUUUAAACUCCGUUGAAAGUAGCAAAGAAUUUACAUUUUCACUGCUGGAUGCAGUUGACACGUUGCAUCUCUGUUGGAGGGCCGUAACCACAGAUACUAUUGUUAGAAGCUAUGAAGAAGCAGGGUUCAAAUCUCAAAAGGAAGAGCAGAACACAACAGAUGGACAGAGUGACAGUGGGCUUGAUCUGGUUGCCCAUGCUCUGGGAACAGGAGUGGAAUUUCCUGAAGGUCUGUCCAUAGAGGAGUAUGCUGCCCUGGACGAGGACCUGGAGACCUGUGAGGCAGCUGCAGAUGACAGCUCAGAGGGCACCAAACAAAGCAAACCAGAUGAGGCUGGAUUUUUUACUUCCGAUGAAGAGGAGGAUGGUGGUGCUCUAGAAACUGCACUGCCUUUACCCUCAAUAAGUGAGGCAAUAAUUGCUUUAGACACUCUUAAAAAAUUUCUUAGAAGUCAUGAUAUGAAUGAUGAACUUCAGAAUUCUUUGGCAGACCUUGAAAAUUUUAUUAACUCUUUGUCUCCUAAAUAGUUAUUUAUUGGACAACAUCUGAAGAAUAGUUGCUUUUCUGGAUGUAUUUUAUUAUAUAAGGUAUGUAAAGGAGAAAUACCACUUUAAGAUUAAAGAAAUGAAAAACUA